GUGUUGGAUUCCAAACAUAAGAGAGUGAGACUCUUAGUCAAAGAUAAUAAGCUAUGAAGAGGUCCAGAUCUUCUUUAACUUCCAAGGGUCAACGACUUCUAAUAAGCUGAACACAACAACAUCUAAUUGUGAGGGGUUCGCCAGGAUGAUAGCGUUAAUGAAACACCGUCAUCUAAUUCUCAUGUAUCAGCUAAGGACUCAGACAGAUCUGGCAAUAAUUUAAGUGGGAAUGCUAGUGAAACCAUAGACUUGGAUGGAAUGACUGAAGAAGAGUACUUGGAAGAAUUGAUCUAACUAAUUAGAAGAGUGUUUAACGUAAAAAGUGAGAAUGCUUCUAGUGCGUUCAAGUUAAGAUCUAAUGUCUGGAAAAGUGCCAAAAUAUUUAAAAGUGAUGCAAGACGCGGUGGCAUUUCCGUAAUAAAUCGGAAUUUUGCUGUCAACACAAAAAGUGCAUCAGGUUAGCGAAAAAGUGCAUCACAAAGAGGUAAAUGUGAAAAUUCUCACUUCUCACGUUAAGAUGUCAUCUUAUUCGAACCAACCCAGCAAAAAGUGCAUCAAAUUAGCGAAAAAGCGCAACACAAAGAGUAAAUGUGAAACUUCUUACUUCUCACGUUAAAAUGUCUCUUAUUAGAAUUCAACCCAGCUAGGAUAUAUAGUUAGUACACAUUUUCUCUUCUGGCCUUCUUGGAGACCGAUAAGAACCAGAAAUGGAAGCAAGUCGAAUUGGAGCAGUUAUGAACACCAAAAGCCGUAAAUUUCUGGGGUCACCAUCUAGAGGGAAAACCAUUGGUCCAGAUUCACUAUUCAAGAAAUCCAACGGUUCAUGGGUAUUUUUUCCCAGACCCAAACCCUCCCCACCAAGACUCAUCAUCAGUUCUGCCAUCCCAACCAUACCAGAGAUCAUGGAGACAUCAAGAGCUCAGAAUGUUGACCUCCAGCUCACCAAGGUGGGACCCUUUUUUAGGGUAACAGCCAAAAACCUUAAAACCAAGAAUGAGAUUGGGGUGGCUCAGGGGAUAACGAGGGUAUGGUUUGGGGGCAAAAUUCUGCAUCUGGACUCCAUUAAGCUGAGGAAGGAGACGGUCUGGAUGGAGAAGUCCUUAUUUGGGAUAGGAGUUUUUAUUGGAGCAGUGGCAAUCAGGCAUGGAUAUGAUUGUGGCUGUACCAAAGCUGAGUUGCUCGCCAUUAAUGACACUCAUCUUUGCCACUCCAAGCUGGUCAGAUUCUACAAAAGAAUAGGGUUCAAAGUGGUUCAAGAAGUGAAGGGUGAGUCACUGGGAGAUGUGGGGCACAUGCUAGUUUGGGGAGGUAUAGGGACAAGAAUGGAUGCUGAAAUUAAAGAUCUCCUCAUUAAAUGGUGUUCCAGAUUCAAACCAGUAAAAGGGCUCCAGUCUGACUCAGCUGAAAUAGCUCCCCCAAAUAUCCUCCUACCACCGAAUGAUAAGAGCUCUGUAUAAUCUUGAUUUAGUAUGGUUUUGUUUCUUAUUAGCAAAACAAAGUCAAAGAAUAGUUUUUUUUUGUUUCCUAUGUAUAUUUUUUGCAGGAAAUAGAAAAAAAUGUCAGCACGAUACACAGCAAAGGGUCUUGGCAAUCAAAUAAUGGUGUUAUUAUUGUUUUAAAAAAAC